AGCGUCGUCGACGCGGAACUCCGCUCCGUGUUUACGUCCCCGCUCUUUGUCCGCAGAAAGCAGUAAAAUGUGCGCCGUGCAGCUGCUGCGGGUGUCGGUCCACGAGCGGAUCAGCGCCGCCGCUGAAGACGUUCUGCUGCGGGUGGAAACGGGAGAAGAACCGGCGGAAGUCCCGGCGCUGAGAGCGCUGCUCACCGAGCGGCUCGCGGCGGCCGCGGAGGAGAUCGUCGGUGUGUUCGAGGAAACCGUGGCGGAGUACGAAGCCAGAGCUGAGCGGGCAGAGCGGGAGGUCUGCCGCCAGAGGAGGCUGCUGGAGGCCGUGCUGAAGCCCGAAGUCCGGCUGCACAGAGCAGAGUUUCUGCAGUCGAUGAAGCUGAACCACCCAGAGCUCCAGCCUCCAGAUGACCCUGCAGACCUGAACCAGACAGAAGCUGAGCGAGUCGACAGCGAUGCUUCCUGCCCGUCGACGCCUCGCUCCGCCUCACCCACCUACCACCCGCCUGACUCACUGAGUAACUCGGCCGUCCACAGCGAUAGUGCUUCAGACAGCGACUGGACCACAAAGAGUCAGGCUCUGAGGCCCCCGAGGAAAAAGAAGAGAGGGCGGCCGCCCCUCGCCAUCAGAACCACUAAGCGAAAGAGGUCGACUCCGGAGAGUCUCAACUGCUACGUGUGUGGACGCUCUCUGCAGGGCAAAGGCUACCUGCUCAAACACGUCCUGAAGUUCUGCGCCGAGGACCCGGACUGCCGCUGCGGCUUCUGCGGCGAGCGACAAGGCUCUGCUGCCGACCUGGCGGCUCACCUGCAAACGCACCAGGAGAAGAGUAAAACCUGCUCCUUCUGCGGGAAAAGCUUCCGGUCGAUCCUGGCGCAGGAGCUGCACGUGCGGCUGCACACCGGAGAGAAACCGUACAGCUGCGACGUGUGCGGCAAGAAGUUCAGCCAGAAGGGCAACCUGACGUCACACAUGAGCGUCCACGCCGCGGAGAAACCCUUCAAAUGUAAAGAGUGCAGCCGGGCCUUCUGUCACAUGACGUCUUUAGAGCGACACAUGCAGAAGCACAGCGGCGAGGAGGUGCACUGCUGCAGCGUCUGCGGUCAGGAGUUCAGGAAGCAGCACAGCCUGCGACGGCACAUGGCGACACAUCAGAAUGCCGACAAACCGAAGAGAUACCGUAGCUCUGCGCCGUCCUACCGCUGUAAAGUGUGCGGGGACGCCUUCGACAAGAGGACCUUGUUGGUGAAACAUGUCCAGACUCACCUGCAGGACCCGGACUGCCGCUGCGGGCUCUGCGGACACCAGUACGAGUCCGCCGCCAGCCUCGAUGCUCACCUGCAAUCCCACCGUGAGAUCGGCUACACCUGCCAUUUCUGCGGGAAGUCCUUCCCGGCUCACACGGCGCUGGAGAUGCACAUGAGGAUCCACACCGGUGAGAAACCUUACAUCUGCAGCUUCUGCGGGAAGUCCUUCAACCAGAGCGGCAACCUGAAGACGCACCUGAAGAUCCACACCGGUGAGAGGGCGUUCUCCUGCAGCCUCUGCGGGAAGGGCUUCACCCAGAGCAUCAACCUGAAGACGCACCUGAAGACGCACACCGGUGAGAGGGCGUUCUCCUGCAGCCUCUGCGGGAAGGGCUUCACCCAUAAACAAACUCUGGACACUCACGUCCGCUUCCACAACAAGGAGAGACGCUUCCUGUGCCAGGUGUGCGGGAAGGGCUUCAUGCAGAACGUGGACCUGAAGAGACACAUCCUGAUCCACACCGGAGACAAACCGUACAGCUGCAGGGUGUGCGGGAAGAGCUUCCAGGCCAGACGAUCGCUCAACGGACACCUCAAAGUCCACAACGCAGGGGGGUCAGGACCGGAGCUGGAUCAGACCUUAGAGCAGCAGAACAUGGACAGUACUGAUUUCUUAAAAUACUCCAACAGUAACAAGAGUUAAUGUGACCCGUUACUUACACCACUGAUUCUCAGUGACUAGUUUAAACUAGUAUUUCAAUAAAUCAGGUUGCACCAUUAA